AUGAGUUUCAGUAAUAUUCCAUCUGAAAUUGACAGAGCUGUUGAAGAUCAGUUGAAAAGAACUCUGGAAAAUAUACGUAGGGGAGCAGAUGCGGAGACUCAAGUCAAAGAAUUAGUGAAUGCAAUUCAUAACGAAUGGAUGUCAAGAGCAGUUCAAUAUGCGAAGCAACAUGAAGAAAAUAGCAGAAGGGUCAAAGAGGAAUUUGAGAGAAAGUUGGAAGCAGCAAAAGCUGAAAAUAUCAAACUUAGACAACAACACUCAGCACAAUUGCAUGCAAUCCGUUCCAUGAUGACAAAUCAUUUGAUGUUUGCGGAAUUACAUCCAGAAAAACUCAUUGAGCUCUGUGGCAGUUUUUGUUCAGUUUUGGGAGCUAUGCUCGAACAACAUGAAGACGUUGAAGUGUCGAAAAAAACCCAAGACGACAAUGCUGAAAAUGCAUCUACUCAAGGACGAAAGAUCACAGAGUAUCUUGAUUAUAAGCUUUGUUCUGGAAACUUUCCAGUGUCUUCUAAAAAUUUGAAUGAAAUUGACAAUGAAGUCAGGAAACUGAGAAAUAUUCUUCAUCAAAUCCAAUCAUCGAUUAUUCAUUUGACACCUGAACAUUGGGAUCAGGAAACAGCCAAUUCCAUCGCUAAUUUGAAGUCUGAUUUGAGAGAAACUACUGGAAACUUGUUGCAACUUUUAGAAGAAACCGAAACGGAUCACAAAGCGAAAGUUGAUGAAAAAUUCAUUCUGAAAAUAUGUCAAUAA